GUCUGUAGAACACAGCCAGCUGUGGACUGCGGCUCCCAUGGUGCUCAGCCAAUCCAUUAAUCUUGUUGACAGCGCCCAGAAUGUGACAGCUCCCUCUCUCCUCUCUCGCAGAUCGUGACCGUCUGCAGCUCUCUCUUCCUGUUGCUUUACAUCUGGAUUUAUUACGAGAAUUUCCAUUUCCACGUCACUCACUUCUACGCCCAGCUGGGAUAUCCAAGGGCCCAGCACCUUGUGGGGCAGCGAUACUUGAGAGGAGUUGGUGUCCGCAGGAAUCCAGAUCUUGCCGCACACUGGUUCAGCCGUGCAACUCAGAACAUCAUGUAUGCCGGCUCCACACAGAACCAAACCCUGGACAUGUAGGGAAUGGAUGUCAAGGCGUAUCUGCACCGAAUUGGUAUUACAGCUACCCCGGCACCCUCUCUUGUUGCCUUACGCAAGUUACACCGCCAGCACUUACUAUCCAUUCCUGUUGAAAACCUCAGUUUCCACAGUGAUGAGAACAUUGCUCUGGACCAAGAUUUUCUGUAUGAAAAAAUCGUGGUAAAAAGACGAGGUGGUUGCUGUUUUGAAAACAAUGGCCUUCUCUUGUGGUUGCUCCAAGUAUUGGGAUACAAGGUAUUUGUGCUGUCUGCCAGAGUACGAGACAGGACCACUGGUUUCUUUGGUCCUCCCACCCACAUGGUCCUGACAGUAGAACUUGAGGGUAGGUGGUGGCUUUGUGAUGUAGGAUUCGGAGAAGGAAUUAGGGAGCCAUUACCUUUAGUAGCUGGGUGGGAAGAGGAGCAGGAAUGUGGCAAAUUUAGACUACGAGAAAAUCAAGAGGAAUGGGUUUUGGAGGAAAAUAAGGACGGCACUUGGACCGGCCUUUAUAAAUUCACGCUGGAAGAGCGAUGCUUGGAGGAUUUUAAAUGGUCUUCUGAAUAUCAUCAGUCAUCCCGAAGUUCUAUCAUUUUCUGCAAGACUUUCUGCACUCUCCAACUCCCUCGAGGAAGACUGACCUAUGUCGGGCACAAGCUGAUCAGCACCGAGUUCAUUGCAGAACGGGGGAAGGUGAAAACCACACAGCAUCUCAAGGAUGACGAAAUCCUCAAUGUGCUCAGAGAUCGGUUUGGGAUUGUUCUAAGUCGAAUGUUUUUCCCAAAGGAUGAGAAGAUGUUACCCUUAGCCUAUGCGUAAUGUCCUGUAUCCUUAU